AUGGCGCAAUCAGACGCCCGAGAUAAUAUUGCCGACGGCCUCACCGCCAAUGGUUCAUUCAAAGCUCCCGCACAAUCACCAAAGAAAUCAGGGCUAUCGCCCAAAAAGACUGCGCGGAAGACGCGUAGCAAGAGUAUUGGUCCUGGUGGCUUGGAAGAGUUGGAAGCACCCCCCCUGAAAGAGGCCAUGGGAAAUAGGAGAAAGUCUGCCUUUAUCCCCGCAGUCAAGUCAAUCCUUGCCUCUAAUGGCGAGGAUGAGAAGAAGCGGCGCGAAGCCCGUCGCAAGUCUUUGGCAAGGAGACGCGUCUCGUUUGCCCCAGAAGCCACUUUACAUACGUGGGAUGUAGUCGAGUACAUGCGCGAUGCGACCACUUCCUCCGCCUCGUCAGAGGCCACCCGAAGAGCCUCGAACGUCUCCCAGGCAUUCACACCCGCAUCGCCUGCCCCUCCUUCAGACCCCGCCGAGCCACCCUCCACGCCACCAGAGCAGGCCGAGGAGCCUGAACCUGAGCCUGGUUCUUCGCCUGCAAACCAGCGAUCGCAACACCAGAAGAAGAAUCGUAGAAGUUCUGGAAUACCGCCAAUGAAUUUCAACAACCCAGAUGACGUCUACUCUUCAAGCCCUCUGAGUGGGGAUAACGCGUCACCUGGCGGCGAUAACAACGGCAGCAGUGAUUCUGAGAGCGACGACGAUUUGACAGAGAACCUGGGCGCUUCCCCGGACACAGAGGACUCUUCGCAGAGCAGCGCUCGCUUGGACGCUGCACUCCGUGAGGCUGCGAACCAGGCAACUACUCAAAGACUGGAUUUGGACGACGAAGACGAAGACGAAGACGAGAACGGAGAUAUGACCAUGGACAUUGCACAAGACGAAAUCACUUCCGCUUUCAAACCAUGGGCAAAGAAGAGCUUUGUCACCGAAUACGACAAGGAAAACGCUAGCCCUGCCUUCUCACCAGCACGUACGGUGGCAGAGGAUGACGACAUGAGCAUGGAUAUCACACGAGCAGUGGGUCGCAUCAUUCCCCAGGAUCAACAACAGCAGCAGCAGCAGCAAGAGCAGGAGCAGCAACCCGACACCGCAAGCUCAGACAUGGAUGAAGACAUGACCAUGGACCUGACUAUGCCACUGGGAAGCAUUCGGGCCAUGGCAGCCAACGCGCCCGCAAACAGGAGGAAGAGUCUUAAGAGGAGAAUAUCCAUGCUUGAAGCAUCACAAGGAAGCCCCGCGAAGCGCCCUACGGACCGACGAGCCAGCCUGCGACAACGUCUACAAUCUCAAGAGAACGUAUCCGAGGAUGCUACUAUGGACCUUACAAUGGCAAUCGGGGGUAUCGUAAAAGGACCAGUGCCUGCAUCUACUAGUGGUGCUAGCGCUGAGACUCCAGUUGAAGAUGCAACCAUGGACUUUACACUUGCUAUGAGUAGUAUCAAGAAGAAUCAAUCUCCUGCACAGAUGGAGGAAGACGUGCAGGAUGAGGAGGUCGAGGACGAGGACCUCUCCAUGGAGUUCACCAAGAUUGUUGGACCUGGUAUUAAGCGAUCCAUCCUAGCAUCAGCAACCCCGGAGAAGUCUGCCGAUGCCACACCCACUCCAGCUAGCAAGACACCGACUCCGCAAAAAUUGUCAGCCAAAAAAUCACCAGGACGCAGAAGGAGCUCAAUUCUCAGAUCUGAGGCUGAGGCAGAGGCAGCUCCUGAGGUAUUGAAAGAUAUUACUCCCAGCACCUCCGGAGAUGUGGUUUACCCAACUCUGGAUCCAGGAACUCCUGAAAUUGUUAGGCAGAAGGAUAUCGAAGAGAUCGAGCCUUCUCCAUUCGUGCGCCGUACUCCUUUGAGCGCUUCGAAGGAGAAAGGAUCUGUAGCAACGCCUACCAGCCAAAAGAAAACAGAUACACCCAAAGCGAUUCCUGACGAUCCGCUUGCUGCCCCUAUCCUGAACCGACGUCGUUCUUCAUUGUCUGCCGUACAGUUCAGUCCUCUAGGUGCACCACGCGAGGAGCCUGUUUUGAAGAGCACUUCACUACUGAGCAACAGCAUCAAGCUGUUAUCUACGCCACGAAAGCAGUCACUGAUGUCACCGGUGAAGCGAGGCAUGACACCAAAGAAGGCCCAGACUCCCCAAAAGCAGCCAACACCCAAGCAGAAGACCCCAACACCCAAGAAGGCUACCCCACGGAAAAGUAUAAGUCCUAAGAAACGUGUCGUCUUCGGUGAGCAAGAACAGGAGGAGGCUCAAGUAGAGGAAAGUGUUGCAGAAGACUUCUCCGAGGUUGAGCGCAUCUCGCUUCAGGACUUCCUGGACAUGACCAAAAUCCGCUUCAUGGACCUUAGUACGACUAAGAGGCGGCAUACUGCUGCUCCCUCUGCUUUUCAUGACGUCGAGGUAGAGGAGAAGGAAGAGUCAUUGGAUCGCUUCGUGGUUGCUGGUGCGUGUACAUUGCCAGAGUACGAACUGUAUCAACACGCAUGCCACGAGAUGAAGAAGUACAUCUCGGAUGGUCGCCACUUUGUCCGCACCAUGGAGGCUAAUGUCCUGGAGGAGAACCCGCUACUCUUUAGUGAAUAUCUCACUGCUCCUCCGGACCAGCGUGCUGUCAUGGACAACCAAUUCAAGAAUCUCAAGACCAAUGCCCGCCUCGAAGCACGUGGAGAGUGGUAUACUUGGAGAAGCACUCUUCUGCAAGAUCUGAAGACCGGCCUCCUUCAUACUAUGGAUGGCUUCAAACGCGAUGAGUCUGCACUGAUCAACCAGGAGCAGCUCCUUGAUGUUGUGCUACCGCCUUUAGUAGAGAAGAAGGAGCUUCUGUCCACUGAGUGCAAGCGGUUACAGCAGCGCCACGAUGAGUUGAACAGUUGCGAUCGGGAAGAACUUGAGCAGACAAGAGAGAAACUCACUGCCACAGAUGCUGAGCUGGAAGAGAAAAAGCGAUUGUUGGCACAGCUUCAGAAGGAGCUCGCUGAUAAAGAAGCGCGUAUCGAGGCAGCCAAGAGUCGCAAGGUUGAAUGCAUCGAGGAGAUCAAGGCUGCUGAACGCAUGCGAGAAGAGUGCCGUGGCUGGUCAACGAGUGAAGUCAGCAAUCUCAAAGCUCAAGUCGCUGCUAUGGAACAAGCUCACGGCUGGAGUAUUACCUCUGCUUCAUCCACAAGCAUCACCAUGACUCACUUGAACGACCUGGAACUGUAUUUCGUGCCAUCUGCCUUUGCUACAGGCUCCAACACACCAAACGGCUCCAUCUCACUCGCAUACAUUGGAGACUCAGCAACACCACAUCCCCGUCCCCUGACUACUAGCAAGCGCUUCUUCCUUCAGUUGAUCCGCGCUCACCUUCACGCCAUCCCGCAAUCACAGACACGCAUUUCGUCUCUGCUCCAUCUUGUCAAGAACAGCUGGGCUACUGCGCUUGCAGUUGCCGAGGGUGUUCGCUGGUUAGAGCACAGCUACAUCACAGAAGAAUGCAUCCUGUCAGAUGAACGCAUGGCCAUCGCUGCCAACAUGCUUCUUCCCACUCUCCAAACCAAAGUCAAGGCUACGUUUGAACUCGGCGUCAAUCUCGGCAAGGAAGGUGUAGAAACUGAAGUUAGCAUGGCAGCAGAAGUCGUCUAUGGUGAGAAGUAUGGUGAGGAGAAGAUGGGUGCUUUCCUAAAGGACUUUUGCGGUAAUGAAAUCAACGAGAAAGAAGGCAUGGCGGUUUGGGCGGAUGCUAUGUUGGAUCUUGCAGCUAGGCUUAAGAAGACUGGGAGGAAGGGCGAGAGAAAGUAA